AUGCAUUUGGUAGACCUGUGGUUAACUCGCUCCCUCUCCAUGUGUCUGCUUCUACAAAGCUUUGUACUCAUGAUACUAUGCUUUCAUUCUGCCAGUAUGUGCCCCAAAGGUUGCCUUUGUUCUCAUUCUGGAGGUUUGAAUGUCAGCUGCAGCAAUGCGAACCUGAAAGAAAUACCCAGAGAUCUUCCUCCUGAAACUGUCCUGCUCUAUUUAGACUCCAAUCAGAUUACAUCCAUCCCAAAUGAGAUUUUCAAGGACUUGCACCAAUUGAAAGUCCUCAACUUAUCCAAAAACAUCAUUGAAUUCAUAGAUGAACACUCCUUCAAAGGAGUGGCAGAAACCUUGCAAAUGCUAGACUUGUCAGACAACCGGAUUAAAAGCGUGCACAAAAAUGCUUUUAACAAUUUGAAGGCUAGGGCUCGAAUUGCAAACAACCCUUGGCACUGUGAUUGCACCCUGCAGCAAGUCUUGAGAAGCAUGGCUUCCAACCAUGAAACAGCCAACAGUGUCAUCUGUAAGACCUCCGAUUUAGAUGAACAUGCUGGGAGGCCAUUUCUCAAUGCAGCUGAUGCUGACCUAUGUAAUAUUCCUAAAAAGACAACAGAUUAUGCCAUGCUAGUCACCAUGUUUGGCUGGUUCACCAUGGUGAUAUCCUAUGUAGUUUACUAUGUGCGGCAAAAUCAAGAGGAUGCACGCCGGCACCUGGAGUACUUGAAAUCUCUGCCAAGCAGGCAGAAAAAACCAGAUGAAGCAGAUGACAUUAGCACUGUUGUAUAAUGCGCCCAAACCCAGUGACAGACUGAGGUAGCCAUUAGAUAUGGAGAGCACGGAUGCCAGCUAUUUCUUUCUAACAUUCAUGGUCAAUGUGUUAAAGACUUUUUCCAAUUAAACUGAAUUCUGCCACUGUCAACCUUUCUUAAAAAAAAAAAAGAUGUCUGUUUUGGGAUAAUAACAGUACUCUUUUAUUGUUUCUCUGGUGGUAUUCUAAACCAAGUGAACUAAUAUGUAAACACUAGUUUAGACUCAUUCCACUCUUUAAUAAUGAGAUUUAUUUUUUUAAUUUAAAACCAAAUAAAAGCUAAACUUUGAACCAUGUAAAUGAAGAGUAAUUUAUUGACCCAAAUGCUGUCUUAUAAGCCUUGUUUUGGCUAUUGCUAUGUGGACAGAUCACAGAUUUACAAUGAUCAAAAAUAAUUUUUAAUCAGUACAAUUCAACAUUUCUGAAAUUGGAUCUCUGAUAUAUA